AUGCCUCCUCCGCUCCCCUCCUCCCACCGGGGAAUGACAGCAAACCCCAUCAAACCCAGUCGCUACCGUCCCGGAAAGGCAGUUCCCGAAGACCCCUCCUCAUCUGAAGAGGAAGAAGAGGAAGAGGAUGUCGAGGCGCAAAGAGAACAAGAGCGGCGCAGACAAGCCGAGGCGCAACGCCGGAGACAGCAACCCAAAGCCAGCUCAUUCCCUGCAGCCGCAGUAGCACAAAAAGCCGAGGAAGAUGAAGAUGAAGAAGGGUUCGUCACCGAAGACGAAGAAGACGAGGCAGUCCCUGUGCCAAAAGCUGCACCGCAAACUACAACCCACGACAUAAAACCUCCAGCACCCAAGACCGCUCCCGUACCUGGACCGGACGGCAGCGAAGAAGAAGAAGAAGAAGAAGAAGAAGAAGAAGAAGAAGAAGAGGAAGACGAGGAAGAGGAAGAAGAAAGCUCAGAAGAAGAAAGCAGCUCAGAAGACGAAGCACCGAGACGCAUGCUCAUCCGGCCUACAUUCUUAAAAAAAGACAAGCGCAACGCUGCCCAAGAGUCUGCCGGCCAGACCCAAAGCAGAACCAGCGCAGCAGACCGCGAAGCGGAAGUAGAAGCGCACCGUGCAGCGCAACGCAAAGAAAAAGCAGACAUGCUAAUCCGCGACCAACUGGAAAAAGAAGCAAUCGCUCGCUCAACAGCCAACCGAGCCUGGGAUGACGACGAACUUGUCGAAGCAGACGAUGAAGAAGCAAUCGACGACAAAGACGACGUCGACCCCGAAGCCGAGCGCGCAGCUUGGAAACUGCGCGAACUAAAGCGCGUCAAGCGGUCGCGCGAAGCCAUCGAAGAAGCCGAGAAAGAACGCGAGGAAAUCGAGCGCCGGCGUAAUCUUACCGCUGAAGAGCGGGAUCGUGAAGACAGGGAGUUCAUCACGAAGCAGAAGGAAGAUCGCGAGGCUACGCGUGGUCAGACGGGCUUUAUGCAGCGCUAUUUCCACAAGGGUGCUUUCUUCCGUGGGGACCAGGAAGCUGAGGGUCUUGAUCGGCGGAAUGUCAUGGGUGCCAGGUUUGAGGAUGAUGUUAAUCGGGAUACGUUGCCUCAAUAUAUGCAGGUGCGCGAUAUGACAAAGCUGGGCAAGAAGGGCCGGACUCGGUAUCGUGAUUUGAAGACUGAGGAUACGGGUCGGUUUGGAGAUGGGCUUGAGAAUCGAAGGAGGAGGGAUGGGCCGCCUGAGGGUGUUACUGAUGAGCGGUUCAUGCCUGACCGUGGUGAUGACCGGGACCGUGAUCGCGGGCCUACUGGUGCUAAUGCUAGUGUUGUCAGGCCGCGGCGGAGGUCGAGGUCGAGGUCGAGGUCUGGUUCGCCGCGGCGGGAUCGGGACAGACGUGAAAGGGAUUCGGGGAGGUAUGAUCGGAGUCGAUCGAGGGAGAGACGGAAGCGAAGCCCGUCGCCUUAUGAAGACCGGGAGAAGAGGCGGCGUGUGGAUUCGUGA